UAUCGUUUCCCAAUCACGAACGGCUGAACAAGCCAGUGAGGCCAGGGAAUGGCUCUUAUCUUCCUGAGUAUCGAAUUACACUCCAUAUAUAAUGAAARGAGUGCGUACUGCGUCAUUUUUGACCGUGAUAGCCCGUUGAAAGUCAUAACAUUGAAGAACAAUACACCACAAGCAUGAAAACAAAUUUGGCUUUAAUAUUGACUAUGUUGUGGAUUGCUCAUUCWMAGUCAAAUCACUACAAGUCUGUUUCACUAUCGCCUUCAAUGUGGGAUGCAGAAACCUUUCGUAGAUUAGAAGCAAUUUCCUUAAGGAAAAAUCCACGUCCAAAGCCAUUGGAGUUCAGUAAAGUCCAGRGUCUUGUGUCAGGUACAACAAGCGUAUUGUCAGUUCACGCGGGAACUGAGGCUUUGAGAAAAGGCGGGAAUGCCAUGGACGCAUGUAUCGCUACAGCAAUGGCAGAUAUUCCGCUGACAGCAGGCUCAGAAAUAUCGUUUGCUGGUGUAAUAAAUCUGCUCUACUACGAUCACGUGACGGGCAGAACUCACAAUCUUGACGCUGGAUGGAAGAUUCCAAAGCCUAAAGACUUUGAAGAAAGACUAACUGUUGAGUCAUUGGAAGACUCGGUACUAGUUCCAGGAUUUCUUUCUGGCAUGCACGAGGCUGCAGAAUUCUCRAAAUUCCCGCUAARGACAUUGCUUGAGCCCGCGUUAUAUUUUGCAGAGAAAGGUUUUAAGAUGCCUCAUAAGUUGAGCAAGACGAUUCAAAAAUAUUAUAAAAAGACCUUGAGACGGACCAAGGAAGGAAAAGAAAUCUUCACUAAUCCAGACACAGGAAACCCAUAUAAACCAAGUGAAUUAUUUCGACAGCCCCAACUUGCUGACUUCAUCAGAAACAUCCAACGRUAUGACAAAGAUUACAUGUACCGAGGAAACUGGACGCGAAAAUUCAUUGAUACGAUCACAAAGCAUGGUGGCAGAAUGACUUUUUAUGACRUGGGACAAUACGAGGCACGAUGGCGAGAGCCUGCGAGCAUAUCGUACAAUGGCUAUCACGUGACUACUUCUGGUUCUAAGUGGGGAGGAGUAGAAUUAAUUGAGAUGCUUGGCCUAUUGAAACUGGCUCAUAUGAACAGUACAAACGAUAGUUAUUUGACUAACGCGACAAAGCUACUUUCUUUAAUGUCAAUAAGCAGAUAUAGUCAAUUCAUAUCAGACUUUUUACAUUCAAAGUCGGACAGUUUAGAUAUAAUUGACAAUCUUUUCAACGUUGACGCUUCGCCAAGGGGACGGAUGGAUCACUCCRCCGCACGGGUCAUUUGGGGUCAUCUAUGCAACGGCGAAGGUCGUGCGAUGAUURAUGAGUAUGUUAGAGAACUGUUAUCUGAAUGGACAAACUUUGACGCUAAUCGUGARUACAAUAGAGGCUCUGCAGCAGUCGUUGCUAUCGACAGCAGUGGUAACAUCUGUUCCCUCUCUCACACGGCCAACAGUAAGCCAUGGGGGACUGGGCUAUUUGUUGAUGGAAUAGCUUUGCCUCAUUCUGGUGAAGUGCUCCAGGAUCUUCUCAUGAAUCUACAACCGGGAGAUCAUGUUCCCUCUGGACUGCAGCCUGUUAUAAUAUUUAAGCAAAAGCGGGAGAAACAAGAAAUACCGGUUAGAGUGGUAGUCAAACCUGUUAGAGCGAAAGAAAAAACAGUAUUACCGGAAAAAGCAASAGAAAAUCCUAUAAAAGAAAAUMCAGUCAAACCUGUUACUCAUAAAGUGGAACCACCAGUUAAAGAAGAACUUAAUAACGGACCAAUUAUAGGUCCUAGGGGUGAAUGGAAGUUGGACACAAGCAGAACCGAGGUAAUAAAUCAACACAARCCUAGAACCAAGCGGAAGAUAAGAUCUUUAAUYAGAGAAAUAAAAUGGUUGAGUAGACAYUCAAAAGAUUUUGAACAUUUGAAUGGYGCUCGRAGCCGAUAUGUGGUAGAGGAAGAAGAAAACGUCAAUAAAAAAAGAGAGAAUAAACAUUUCAACGAAAAAGAGGAUGAGUCACACACAAUCGGAGGAUUUUACACUGAAACAGAUUUUAAAUCMAUAUUUGACAACAUUUCCCCGAAAGGUAGUCGUAGGCUCGUAGAAUCCAGAAAAAGAUGGUUCAAAAAGUUUGUUCACCAGAUUUUUCAACGUCACAUAAAAUCUGGUGUGCGGCUGCGGAAAAAGAAAAYCUCUAGAAWGAAGAGUAAACGAUGGUCGCAGCCAUACGCAGCUCUUGCUGUGAUUGGUCAGUCAGCGCCGGAAGUGACGUUACAAUAUAUAAGUAAUCUUAUUGACAAUAGUAUGGGAGCCAAGCAAACCACAGAUAUACCCAUGUUCUUUUCAUCGAGCCCAGGCUCUUCUCGUCAAGAUGUUCGUAUAGAGAGRUUUAUAUUUAGCGAUAACGUUAUCAAUGAGGUUAGAUCACAUGGUCAGGAAGUCAAAGAAGUGUUGCAUAAAGUUGGACGGGUUAUCAGUGGCAAGGGUGCUGUACUGACCGUCCCGGAUAAACAUCACGCUUAUGGGUGCAGUCAUCCCGAUAGCGAAGGGUUUGCUGAAGGUCAGUAACAGCACUUCUUGAUUGAAAACAGCGUUGACUGCAUUUUUAUUUGCUGUACCGUUUCCAYGUCGAUGUUGGGAUAUCAAACUGAACCUCCAUAAAAAAUAUUGACGCCURAAACAUCAGUAAAUGAUACUUGAAUAUUUAUUGAGCGACGAAAGGCAUUCUUCGAUCUUUGGAACAAAUUACUUGAACGUGAACAUUAUUCCCAUCAUGUUUGACCGAAAGAUGAAUGCUUAAGUCUAGCUACUGCAUGACGUGUGGCAUGAGGGACUGGCGACAAUGUUGGUUGGUUAAAGUUUUAUAUCGAGUGUAUGAGCUUUGCUAUUAGUUUCGGAUAGCAAAAGACUUUUGAGAUUAAAACACACAUUGCUCAUUUUGAGCUAUAUACUAGAAUACUCAACAGGGAUAGCACUAGAGGCACCCCACAUGCAUACAUCGAACAGCAGUUCAAAUAGAUAUCGAGUACUAUGUGUACAAUACAAAUUUUAUCUGAAAUCUGAAUUCCAGUAAUCAAAACAGCUGUAAUUCAGAUUGCUAGAUUGGAAAUUAAUAUUUUUCUAGAGAGAAUUCAACCAGAUUCCAGACUCUGACAAAAUUCCCUGCCUGUCUUUAUAUAAAGAUGGUACGUUUUUAAUAAUCUCAUUUGUGGUAAUUGAGAGAUGUAAAGGAGCGGCCUCUGGUGCCACGUUGCCUGGUAUCUCAGUGUACAUAAAAACAACCACAAUACAAAUUAUGUUCAUAAUCAUUGUUGCUCUUCAARCUUUAAAUUAUGGAAGUUAUAAAUGAAACUGUAUCAGUACAUCAUUAUUCAUCAAUUUAAUUUUKCCUUGUCGAUUUAUUUGGUCACCAUUCAUUGUUUGAGUUACUAAAUCAGCUGUUUAUUUUAUUCUUGCAAAGCGUUUUGAAACACUUGUGAAAAUUUCAACAAUAUCUAUAAUUGCCUAUAUUUUAGCUUUAUUUCAAGGAAUUUCCAUUGAAAAAGCUUCAUGUAAAUCACAAGUUUUAAAGUACAAUAGCUAAAUGUUUUUGCUGAUAUGUUAUAAUAUUCAGAUACCACUUGGAUUUAAUGCUAACAAAGGCGUUACCAAUAUCAUUAAAAAUAUUAGUACA